AUGAGAAUUUGUUUUUUUUAUCUCCUGCUUUUUGCCUCAAAGUCUAUUUUCUGCCCAAAAGAUACGCAAAAUGAAGGAGAUUGUACUCCUGAGGAAACGAAGGAAAAAGGAACUGCGUACUCUCUGUUUGCGCAAUACCAGAGAGACUGUUGGAUUUUUUUUCAAACUAACACCUCUUUCUCUCUCUCUCUCUCUCUGUGUGUGUGUGUGUGUGUCAUUCAUCAAUGCAGGAAGCCGCAACAAAUCGCCGCCGCCGGCGCCGCCGCGAUCAUGCUCUUCAACUCCGCCCCGGCGCAGGCUGAAAUCAUGGGCCUCACGCUCCAAAACGGCGUCCCGAACGCCGCGGCGCAAAAGUUUGUCCAACCGUUCGUUCCGGACGGAAGACCGGUUGUCUACGUCGAGAAGGACGGGUCCGCGGAUGUCACGACUUUUGACGGGAGAUUGGCGGCGAACGUGGCCCGAUCGAAUGUUGGGUGCAAGACGAUUACGGGAGCGCCGUGCGUGGACUUCGCGAGUGGUGCGUCGAAAUAA